UCCUUGAUUUAUUGAUAAACUAUUCAUUUAAACAUAUUUAUAUUUCUGUGUAAUUUGCUGUGUUACCAAUAAUCUUUGGAUUUGCUUGAUUUAUGAUCCAUCGGGUGUAUCUGACAUAUGAAUUACUGUUUUUGUCUUCAGAUAACAAUAUGCAUGAGAAUCUUUCUAGAAAGGUCAGAGUCCUUUGCUGGAUAAUGACUUCACCAAAUAACUUGCUAACAAAAGCCAUUCAUCUCAAGCACUCUUGGACCCGACACUGCAACAGAACAUUAUUUAUGAGCUCCACAGCCAAUGAGAGUUUUCCAGCAAUUGGACUGGGCACUAAGGAAGGGAGAGACGAGCUCUACUGGAAGACAAUAAAAGCUUUCCAGUACAUACACCAGAACCAUCUGGAUGAAGCAGACUGGUUCUUGAAGGCUGAUGAUGACACCUAUGUAGUGAUGGAAAACUUGAGGUUUCUUCUCUCCAACUACACCCCUGAAGAACCUGUCUAUCUUGGCAAGCGCUUUAAACCUUUUGUUAACCAAGGUUACACGAGUGGUGGAGCUGGUUAUGUACUAAGUAAGGAAACCCCAAAACGUUUUGUUGAAGCUUUCCGUACUGGUGUCUGCACUCACACAUCUCAUGUGGAAGAUCUUGCCCUGGGUCAGUGCAUGGAAAAGCUAGGAAUUAUACCUGGGGAUACUAGAGACUUGAACAAACGUGAGACCUUUCAUCCCUUUACACCAGAGAACCAUAUAACCACCCAUUACACUGAAUCCUCCAUAUACUGGAAUUACUGCUAUUAUCCUCUUAUACAGGGCCCACAAUGCUGCUCAGACCUUGCAAUAUCAUAUCACUAUACCACUCCUGAAAUGAUGUACACUUUGGAAUAUUUUGUGUACCACCUGAGGGCAUAUGGAUACCAGUAUCGUUACCAGCCUCCUCCUCCGGAAUUCACUGCAAAUGUAAGUUAAUGUUAAUAUUUUGAGGCACAAAUGCUGAAUGGUACACUAUUGCUCAGCAGUGCAAGGCAUUGGCAUAACUAUAGCAGAA